GAAGUGCGGGAGCCGCCACUGCCGGGAGCCGCGUUCGCCAGUGUUGCCCGCCCGCCCGCCGGCAGCUGAGGAGCCGCUCGGCGCCGGGGCAGUCACCGCAGCUGGGACUGAAGUCUAGGGAGGGCGGGGCGCGGCAUGAAGCGGCGGCGGCCCUGUCUGUAGGGCGCGUCGGGACCGGCCGGCCGGGCGGGGCUGAGGGGAAGGAAAAUGCAACAUGGCAGCAGCAAUGGAAACUGAACAGCUGGGUGUUGAAAUCUUUGAAACUGCAGAGUGUGAGGAAAAUGUCGAAUCACAAGAACAGCCUAAAUUGGAGCCAUUUUAUGUUGAGAGAUAUUCCUGGAGUCAGCUUAAGAAACUGCUUGCAGAUACCAGGAAAUACCAUGGCUACAUGAUGGCUAAGGCACCACAUGACUUUAUGUUUGUAAAGAAGAAUGAUCCAGAUGGGCCUCAUUCAGACAGGGUCUAUUACCUUGCCAUGUCUGGUGAGAACAGAGAAAAUACGCUGUUUUACUCAGAAAUUCCCAAAACCAUCAACAAAGCAGCAGUUUUAAUGCUGUCUUGGAAGCCACUCUUAGAUCUUUUUCAGGCAACCCUGGACUAUGGAAUGUAUUCUCGAGAAGAAGAGUUAUUAAGAGAAAGAAAACGCAUCGGAACAAUUGGAAUUGCUUCUUAUGAUUAUCACCAGGAAAGUGGAACAUUUUUGUUCCAAGCUGGUAGUGGAAUUUACCAUGUAAAAGAUGGAGGCCCACAUGGAUUUACUCAACAACCCUUAAGACCCAAUUUAGUGGAGACCAGUUGCCCCAACAUAAGGAUGGAUCCAAAACUGUGCCCUGCUGAUCCAAACUGGAUUGCUUUCAUCCAUAGCAAUGACAUCUGGAUAGCGAACAUUGUAACUAGGGAAGAAAGGAGGCUCACCUAUGUGCACAAUGAGCUUGCUAACAUGGAAGAGGACCCAAGAUCUGCUGGGGUUGCUACCUUUGUCCUUCAGGAGGAAUUUGAUAGAUAUUCUGGCUAUUGGUGGUGUCCAGAGGCUGAACCAACUCCCAAUGGAGGAAAAGUUCUUCGAAUUCUAUAUGAAGAAAAUGAUGAAUCAGAAGUGGAAAUUAUUCAUGUUACAUCCCCCAUGUUAGAGACCAGAAGGACAGAUUCAUUCAGAUAUCCCAAAACAGGCACAGCAAAUCCAAAAGUCACUUUUAAGAUGUCAGAAGUAACAAUUGAUGCUGAAGGAAGGAUUGCAGAUGUGGUGGAUAAGGAACUAGUACAACCCUUCGAGAUUCUAUUUGAAGGAGUUGAGUAUAUUGCCCGAGCUGGAUGGACUCCAGAGGGAAAAUAUGCUUGGUCCAUCCUACUAGAUCGUUCCCAAACCCGACUACAGAUAGUGUUAAUAUCCCCUGCAUUAUUUAUCCCAGUAGAAGAUGAUGCAAUGGAACGACAGAAACUAAUAGAUUCAGUGCCUGAUUCUGUGACACCGCUCAUUAUUUAUGAAGAAACAACAGACAUCUGGAUAAAUAUCCACGAUAUCUUUUAUGUUUUCCCUCAAAGUCAUGAAGAUGAAAUAGAGUUUAUUUUUGCCUCAGAAUGCAAAACAGGUUUCCGACAUCUGUAUAAAAUCACAUCCAUUUUAAAGGAGAGCAAAUAUAAACGAUCCAUUGGAGGACUACCUGCUCCAAGUGAUUUCAAAUGUCCUGUCAAAGAAGAAGUAGCAAUUACCAGUGGUGAAUGGGAAGUGCUUGGCCGACAUGGAUCUAAUAUCCAAGUUGAUGAAGUUCAGAAGCUGGUAUAUUUUGAGGGCACUAAAGACUCCCCUUUAGAGCAUCACUUGUAUGUGGUCAGCUAUGACAAUCCUGGAGAGGUGACAAGGUUGACAGAUCGUGGCUACUCUCAUUCCUGCUGUAUUAGCCAGCAUUGUGAUUUAUUUAUAAGUAAAUACAGUAACCAGAAGAAUCCACACUGUGUGUCCCUUUACAAGCUCUCAGGUCCUGAAGAUGACCCAGCACGCAGAACAAAGGAAUUUUGGGCCACUAUUUUAGAUUCAGCAGGUCCUCUUCCUGACUACACACCACCAGAAAUCUUCUCAUUUGAGAGUACUACAGGAUUCACAUUAUAUGGAAUGAUGUACAAACCUCAUGAUCUACAGCCUGGGAAGAAAUAUCCCACUGUGCUGUUCAUCUAUGGUGGUCCUCAGGUGCAACUGGUGAAUAAUCGUUUUAAAGGAGUCAAGUAUUUCCGCUUGAAUACCUUGGCAUCACUGGGUUAUGUAGUUGUGGUAAUAGACAACAGGGGAUCUUGUCAUCGAGGGCUUAAAUUUGAAGGUGCCUUCAAAUAUAAAAUGGGUCAAAUAGAAAUUGAAGACCAGGUAGAAGGACUUCAGUACCUAGCCUCUCAGUAUGAUUUUAUUGAUUUAGAUCGUGUGGGCAUCCAUGGCUGGUCCUAUGGAGGAUACCUCUCUUUGAUGGCAUUAAUGCAGAGGUCAGAUAUCUUCAGGGUUGCAAUUGCUGGAGCUCCAGUUACUCUGUGGAUUUUCUAUGAUACAGGAUAUACAGAACGUUAUAUGGGUCACCCUGACCAGAAUGAACAGGGCUAUUACCUAGGAUCUGUGGCCAUGCAAGCAGAGAAGUUCCCUUCCGAACCCAAUCGUUUACUGCUAUUGCAUGGGUUCUUGGAUGAAAACGUUCACUUUGCACACACCAGUAUAUUACUGAGUUUUUUAGUAAGGGCUGGAAAGCCAUAUGAUUUACAGAUCUAUCCUCAGGAGAGACACAGCAUAAGAGUCCCUGAAUCUGGAGAACAUUAUGAAUUGCAUCUUUUGCACUAUCUUCAAGAAAAUCUUGGUUCACGAAUUGCUGCUCUGAAAGUGAUAUAAUUGUGACUUUUGUGGAACUCUGGUACAUGGCUGCUUAACCAAAUGAGGAGUUUUAAUCUGUAGAAAAUAUAGAAAACUGAUCAUCACAUUUUGGUGCCUGCUAUAUAACAUCCACUUCUGAAAGUAAAUUUGGUGCCAUACAGGAAUCUACAGUAUAUGAAUAGCAACCUCAUACCUUAACACACACAGAAUUGAACGAUGUAAAUUUCCGUGGGACACAGCAAUACCAUGAGAAUUACUGAGAGAAGCUAAAACAUUUGCAGCACACAUCAAUACCAUCAUAUUUCCACCUUUUAAAAGCAUUGUAAGCCUCAUGGAUUUAAUUGGUGUAUUUUUACAUUAUAUUUGAGUUUGUUACAUUAUGGUAAUAUUAGGUGAUUGGUUCACUACAAUUCCUGAAUCUCUGGCUAAUUACAAAUUUGAUAGCACUUAAGUGUAAUUGAAUAGCUUAUGCUUCAUUGCUUGGGGUGUGUCCAGCAUGUUAAGAACUAAUCACUAUUAAACCUAUGACUUAACCAAUUGUUAAUGAUUUUAAGGAAUAAUUCCUAGUAGCCUCCUAAAGAUACUCAUUUUGGUUUAUUGAAGUUCUUCCCAAUUUUUCAGUGAGUUUCAGCUGUGUCUAGUAAAAAACAUACUAAUUUUUCUUUGAUGAUAUGACAAGAUGAGUUUUACCUAAGUUACUUUCUCAUAGAGUAACUGUAUUUGUAGCAUGGUUUUAACUAAUCUUACGAUAUUAAUAAUUACAUGCAGAUUAAUUUUAAAUUGAAUGACUAUAACUUAAAUAUUUGCGGGCUAUUUUUUCCUUUAGGAAAAGAAAACUAUAUAUUGACUUUUGUUCUUCAGAAAAUAUGUUGGUACCCAAUUUUCCAUAUACCAUUUCCUUAUAUCGAAAUGUUCUAGAUUUAACAGAGAUGGGGAUGUGAGGGGAAGAUGGAAGGGAAACACAGGGACAUAGGCAUGGGGAUAUGGAUCGUUUUAAGCCCAAAGUAUAAGUGCCACUUGGCUGGAAAAAGUCAUGAAAAAAAAUUUGAGAAAUGAGAUUUCAACUCUUAGAAUAUUAACUAAGAAAACCAAAGUAAAAUAAUCACCCCCAAGCCAGCAUAAUCCCAAACUGACUAUAUUUAGGAGAAUUAUUUUUAAAUUUUUUAGAAACAAACAUUUACAUUCCCUCCUUUUUAAGUGGUUCAAUGAGCACAAAGAGCUUUUUGGAAAUGGCAAGCUUAAAGUAGAAAAUAAAAUUUCUGGCAGAUUUGUUUAUCAUAAGUUCACACCUCCCCUUUAGUCAUGCAUUAUUCUUGUCUUCAUUGUUUUAAAUUGUAUAUAGUUUCCUAUUUUAAGUUUCCCUAAAAUAAACUCUGAUAAUGAAAUUA